UGGAGGUUCCCUCUCCAAUGAGGAAGCCUCUUGCACCACAUGCAAUUUCUGUGUGGCUGCUUCCUUUCCGUGCUUGCACCUCUUGCAAUUGGACGGGUGAACUAAGAGGCAGCGAGCGGGCCUGAGACCUGAAUUGUGCCCUGGAACUUUAUGCUAACAUGGCCUUGAGAUGGGCCUUUCUCCUCGUUUUUGCACCUCUGCUGGCUGCGUGGAGACAGGAAGACCCUGAUCCUAAAGUCCUAGAAGAAGCCAAGGAAAUAGCGACAUGCAAAAUGGAUAGCUUGCCUUGGGCAGUGAGCUUUUCUCCCAACAAGGAGGAGUUCCAGGUGAAUGAAACAGUGUUAAUGACCUGCCAUGGGGACUCCGAAGAUGAAGAUGAGCAAUUAACUGCCACCUGCAUGGAGGUGGAAGACAACAGGGCAGACUGGGAUAUCUCCUGCCUCAGAAGUUGCAAAGCCCCCUCCAGCUGGGACCCCAAGCUGCAGUUUACCCCCAACAAGACCAGCUAUGCCUUGAAUGACUUGGUGCAGCUGAGUUGUGCUGGGGGCUACCAGCCAUCAGUCCCUGUGGUCAGAUGCAUUUCCAACAGGAGCCAGAGCUCGUGGAACGAGACCGCCACCUGCGAGGGAAAGUGCCCCAAACCCCGGUGGGGCCUACGCCUCUGGUUUUCUCCAAAGAAAAGCCAUUAUGAACUGAACGAAGAAGUGACGCUGACCUGCCCUGGAGACCUGGAGCCAUCCUUCACCCGGGUCAAAUGUACAAGGGAAUUUGUGCGACUGAGUGCUGGAAAGCCAAUAUAUAAAGAUGCUUGGUGGGGGAGGAACAGCACAGGCGGCUGGAUCCACACUGGGAGGACCGUGGUGUGUACCAAAAUGUGCCAAAGGCCCCGGUGGGAUCAAAGACUCCAGCUGGCACCAGACCACACAACCUACAAAAAGAAUGAAGAAGUCAUGCUGAGCUGCCCUGAGGGUCUCCAUCCAUCCUUCUCCCAAGUCAAAUGUGCAAGUGAAGUCCAGUCUAUCAGUCAUGGGAAACCUGUAUACAGAGAAGUUUGGAUGGGGAGCAAUGGCACAGGUGGCUGGAUCCGCAUUCGAUCUAACGUGGAGUGCGUUGAACUUCUCCAGGUUGUCCCUGGUACCUCGGAGGUUUCUGCCACCAGCAUCAAACUGAACUGGACCUGCAGGUUCCCUGACACCUGCCAGCACAUGCGGGCCAUGUGCCGUCUGGCUGAGCCUUCCUCCCCUCCCUGUGAGGCCAAGGAGGUCACGGGAGAGGAGAUGCUACAGGGCCAGAAGGGAACAUUCACCUGCCCCCCUCUGCAGCCCUUCACUGUCUACAGCGUCACCAUCUCCUUGCCCCCCAGCACAGUCCUGUUCACGUGGCAAUUCCAGACAGAGGAAACAGUGCCGGACAAACCAGAGAAUCUGUCACUGGAUCCCAGCACCGGGUUGCUCAGGUGGAAGGCGCUGCCCUCCUGCAAAGGGCAGAUCCUUGGAUACCAGCUGAGCAUCACGGCCAGGAGUGCGCACGAGGCCGGCUUCCUGGAGAUUGAGCGGCUGAGGGUGAACAGCUCUGUCACCGAGUACACGCUGCCGGACCACCGACCCGGGCGCACGUACGUGGUGACGGUGCAGGGCCUCACGGCUGCCGGUGCCGGGGCUGUGUCACGCCAGGAAUUUCUCAGCAGCGGCUUGGAGACCUCCGCCCCUCUCAACGUCAGCUCCUGCGGCGCUCGUGACAUCUCCCCAUCCCAAGGGACGGUCGUGCUUCCCCUGCGCCCCAUCACCCAGCCCCACGGGGCAGUGAGGGAGCACCAGCUCAUUGUCGCUGUGACCCAGGACACCGCUACGGUGGCAGGCGUGUGCUCAGGGGAGCUGCAGCCCUUCGACGCCAGCCUGCAGCACCGUGCCUACGUGGCCGCGGUGCUCAACCUCACGGCCCCCACCGACUUUGUGCUGGGUGACGGGACUCGCCAGCACGGUUACUACAAUGCUCCCCUCCAGCCGGACGGGAACUACACGGUCCUUCUCCGCCUCGUUCACCGCCAGCAGCAGGCAGAGAAGUUCACCUGUGUUUGCUACAGCUUCUCUGGGCAGGAGCCGAUUCCUCAGCUAGGCAGGAUGGUGGUGGUUAUGGCAGUAGCACUGGUCGUGGCACUCCUGGCACUGGGGAUUUUGCUGCUCUUCCUACUCUUCAGGAGGAAGCGCAACAGUUCAAAAACCUAUGAGAGCAACAGCACUAUCCCCCUGAGAAGAUGUCGAGGAGGUGUGAACAAGAUGAAUACACGGAUCCCGGUGGAGGAACUGCUGGAGGCUCUGAAAAGGUUCAAGAGGGAAGAAGUAGAGGCAGAGCAGACAGAAGAUGAAUCAGUCAUCGACAGACACGGUGCUGGGCGUCUGGGAGAGUAUCAGAAACUGGUCUCCACUUUGUUGCAUCCCUGCGAUGCCGGGAAGGAACUAUGUAAUCAGGGCAAGAACCGCUACAAGAGCAUCGUCCCAUAUGAUCACUGCCGUGUGGUGCUGCAGUCCUCUGACACUGGCAAUGACUACAUCAAUGCCAGCUACGUGGAGAGCUACCGGAGUCCACGCUUCUUCAUUGCAGCUCAAGGCCCCUUGCCUGGAACGGUGGUGGAUUUCUGGCAGAUGAUCUGGCAGGAGAAGACUUCAGUCAUUGUGAUGCUGACAGGCUUAGUGGAGCAGAACAAGACCAAGUGUGAGCAGUACUGGCCAGAACAGGAGCAGGUCUAUGGGGACUUCACAGUUACUGUCAACAACACAAGGACCACCACAGGCCUUGUGACACGCAUAUUCCGCCUGCAGAAGACAGGCUGUGCUCUCCCAAGACUGGUGGAGCAGUUUCACUACCUGCUGUGGCCAGACCAUGGGGUCCCCAGAAACCCUACCCAGCUCCUGUGCUUAGUGGAGAAGGUGAACAAGAGGGUGUCAGAAGACCCUACCGGCCCCGUGCUGGUGCACUGCAGUGCGGGGGUUGGGCGGACGGGUACUUUCAUCGCCCUGGACUUCCUCCUGAAGAUGGCAAAGGCCGAGGGCAAGGUGGAUGUGUUCCAGUGUGUGCAGAGGCUGCGGGAGCAGCGAGUCAGCAUGGUGCAGACCAAGGAGCAGUACGUCUUCUUGUACGAGGUGUUGCUCGAAGGCCUGCUCUGCGGCAGUACUGGGGUCCCACUGGAGAGCGUCGUCAGCCAUGUCAGCUCCCUACGAGAAGCUGAGACCCAGAGGCAGAACAACGUCCUUGAGAAGGAGUUCAAGGCCCUGCAGAAGUUUUCUGAGUUGUUCCAGCUUCUGCCAUGCAGAGAAGCGGAGAAACCCAGCAACCAGCCCAAGAACCGCAAGCCAGGGAUCCUGCCAGCGGAUUCCUGCCGGCCCAUCCUCAUGUCCUCACUGAACACAGAUGGCUCACCAGGUUAUAUCAAUGCAGUGUUUGCUGAUACAUACACUGAGGAAGACAGACUCAUCAUCACCCAGCUGCCAUUUCUGGCCACGCUGGUGGAUUUCUGGGCUCUGAUCUGGGAUUACACCUGCACAUCGGUGGUUGUGCUAAACCAACUCCAGGAGCUGGACCAGACAUACGUGGAGUUCUGGCCCACCCAGGGGGAAGCUAUUUAUGGCUGUUUCCAUGUCCAGCUGAUCUCAGAGGAGCCCGGAGCUGGCUUCACAGUCUGGACACUCGCUCUGACCAACAAGCAGCAGCCAAAGAAAUCUGCACUGAAAGUCCAGUUCUGUCAGCUGGAGGACUGGCCCAUGCAGCAGCGCCUUCCCUCGUGCCCUGCCACCAUCAUCAGCCUGCUGGGGAAGGUGGAGACACACCAGCGACAGAGCCAAGAUGCACACAUACUCGUCACUUGCUGGGACGGUGCCAGUCGGAGUGGGAUCUUCUGUGCUGCCGGUUUCCUCUGUGAGCAGAUCCAAAGUGAGGGGCUGGUGGAUGUGUCCCAGGCUGUGAGGAUGUUGAAGAGACGGCGGAGACAGCUGGUUAAGGAUGUGGAGCAAUAUCAGCUCUGCUAUGAACUAGCCCUCAUUUACUUGAAUUCAUUUGAAACCUAUGGAAACUUCAAGUAGAAGCCAGCACCUCUGGCCAGGACUUCCAGCUCUCUUGACAGAUCUCUGCCAGUGACCUUGGAAACCAGAGGAGAUGAGAUGUGUGUACACAGCCUCAAGAUGCUUUACUGCUCUAUCCUCUGCAGCUGGACAGGACACUCUGGACUGUCUCCAAAUUGUGUUGUCACUGACAAGACUUUGAAGCAGGAACCCUGCCCUUUGCCCAGAGUUGGGCAGGAACUUACCUGGCAUCUCAGCCUGAGUGUGCAGGCCACAGAGGAGGUAUCAAGACUUAACCUGUUCAUGCCCAGGAUGGAGAGAACAAGCUGCCUUCUCUGGGCUCCCAUGUCCCCUCAGGCAGCUGCGUAGGAAAAGAGGUAGCUCCAUCAACACAGGACUGUUUCACCAGGGGAUCAUCAAACUUCUAUCAGAUCCACAAGGCUCAGGAGCCUAGUCUCACUGUCCUGCCCUGGGAGAAGCACAAAGCCCAAGGUCGAGAUGAGCUAGGAAAAGCCACAGUGCUGUAGGACUAUCCUGGUCCAAAACCUCUUCCUCAAGAGCUGUCUUGUUGACAUUGAUUGUCCUAGGUGCUAUAGCUUUGUCAUCUCUGGGGAGGCUCCCUCAACAGCCUAUCUGUCUCCACCGCAGCAGUCCGAGGUUGCAGCAUCUAAACUUGAGUACCCUUGAUGCUAUAUGUGCAGUUUACCUCCCAGGAGGGGCUGCUGCACCUUGGAGACUGGCUCGGCCAGAACUGCUCAAAGGGGAAGGGGCCUCAGAGCCAGAGCUGAACCCCGACUCUAUUCUGUGUCUUACCAGUAAAGGCUCUGUGCUGGC